CAAUUGGACUAGAACCUAACAUAAACGAGGCCGUUUCCGGAUUCAUACUUCAUAAACCCAACCCUGUUCUUGUUUCCACUAUUCUGUAAGUGUUUGAGGGUUUUAGGAGAGGAAAAAAAAUGGGAAAAGCAGCAAAGGAGCAAUUGAAUAGAGCUCUCAAUGAGCAUCUAAACACAAUUCAUGAAACUCUUCAGGUGUUGAAUCAGACACCAUCUUCAUCUCUUGAAAAAGUGAGGUGGCAAGAGGUUAUUCAAAUGGGUGAACAGCUUUAUAAACAAGCCACUAUGGUUGGAAUGCUUUGGACUGGAGAAACUCCAGAGGUUAAAGCACUCGAGGAGAACAUGGCUUCAUAUUUUAAUACACUGCAAGGGCUCCUUUUGCUCUCCCACUCUAGUACAGUUGGCGCGGGACCUACCCUUUCUUCUUGCAUUCAUGCGUCCAUUAAACAAGUUGUUGAUAGCAGUUUCAUGUUGAUGAAAGAGUCCGUGUCUUCAUAUGGAUCUGAUAACAAAAAACAGAAAUUAUCAAUCCCACAGUUGGUGGGCACUGUCUGGGAAGCUUGUUCUGCUCUUAAGAAGACUCCAGCCACAAAUAUUACAGCUAUAGGUCGAGCAAUGACACAACUUGCUGUUUCCAUGAAGGAUGUACUUCGUGAAAUGAAUGAACUGAAGCCAGCAGAUGAAUCUUCUGUUCAAGAUUCCGCCGAAGGAGAAAGCAAAUCCCAGUAUAGCGAUGAUUCAUUUGCAGGUGAUCUAGGCAAUGAUCUUUCUCCGGAGGAGAUGAAGAUUGCUCGGUUAACUAUUGAUGUUGUGUCUGCAACACUUGUGGUCAUGAAAGAACUAAUUCGCUCCAUUACAAGCUUGCUUAAGCAGGAAAGUUCUGUGGUUACGGCUACUUUUGUUCCCUCUCUAGAGAGACUAUUAAAACUUUCUCAAGAAAUCGGGCUGCAAAUUGACGAACUCGGAGCUUCUCUUUAUCCUCCACAAGAAAUUUCUGCAUUGAAGGCUGCUAUGGAGAAGAUAUCAUCCACUACUGAUGAAAUACAGGUGGAGCUGGAAAAACUUAAAGGGUGUUCUGAAGAUUUUGUUAAAGUGUGCAAUGGUUUGCGGAGUUCAUUGAAACAACUGGAAGCUGAAUUAGAUCAAUCAGAUGCAACUGAUAUUACGCCCAAGAUAGAAAACCUCGUUAUCGAGUAAUUUUAGUAAAGGAGAAAGGGAAAGGGGAGGAGAAAUAGAAAUGCUUCUGAAUGAACUUCUUAGUUUUGUAGCCAUGAGCAUUGAGUAAAAGUUCUUACAUAUAUUUGGAUGUGUUUUUGGGUUUUUGUGACCUUAUGCCAUUAAAUGAAUAUAGAGUUAUCAAGCCAACUGCUUGUUUAAUUCUA